GUUCCUUCUACAUUCGCCGUAAGUGCAAAAUGAUUCGUUGCUUGUACGUACGAGCAGCUGUUGCUUGUAAGCAUACGCGUCGUUCGCUUUUAGUUAUCGUUGGCGCAUUCGCAGGGUAAUCACGAUGGGCACAUAUCUCAGUAAAGACUACAACGUAGUUGCGAGUCCACCAGAAUCAAAAGGAGAGACUUGCAAUCAAGAUACUGCGACCGACUUGGAUUUAAUUGGCAAAUGUAAUGAUCACAAUUACAACUAUACUUCGAACAUCAAGAAGGUUAUAGCAAAGCUUGACAGGACGAUUAAUGAACGUUGCAAUACAUUAACCAAAGUACACAUCAAGUACGCUCCAACUGCUCGUAAUAUUUCAUUAAACGAGACUGAAAAUUUACCUUUUAAAUAUAGUGACAAAGUUAUUGACGUAGCUAAACUGUUGAAUCAGCUGCUGAAUGCAAAAGUAGUUUUAGAAAAGCUCGAAGAUCCGCUAGUCAAAUUUCCGGAUAAUCAAGUGGUAAACGUUCGCACCUAUGUUGAUAUUGCCGACGAAAGCGACAUGACACGUAAAACGGAUUGCAAAGAAUACACUCAUCGGUAUUGCGCCAAAUGUAAGAAAACUGUGUUUGCUCGCUUGAAGGAUCCGAGAGUGAACGAUUGCUCUGACUGUCAGGUGCCGAUGACACACUUGUGCAUUAAAUGCAACGCGAAGCACUACAAGAGGUAUGCGUAUUUACAGUUUCAUUGGAAUCGUUGCAAUGGAAAUGAAGCGCCGCCAACUGCUAUCGAUGGGAACGAAUCAAAUAUUAAAGUCACAGAAACGUGUACUAACUCCAAGUUAGUUCUGAACAAGGAUCAGUUCGUCGUGAAGAAACAUCAAAAUGAGAAUUGGCUUGAAAAAUAUGCCCACUAUUGCUCGAAAUGUAAAAUAACAACGAGUGAUGUUCGUCGAUGUAGCAAGUGUAAAAAACAGUUACUUUUUGAAUGCAAAAAGUGUCACAUGCAGUGUGCAACUUUUAGAGGUAUAGUGCAUCACUUGAGAACUCGAUGCUGCCCGAUCAAUCAGUAUCAAUGUACACAUUGUAACUAUGCAGCAUCAAUAUGGAGCGCAAUGUACAAACACUUUCAAUUGACACACGCGAAUGAUCGGCCUCUGUUCAAGUGCAAGUUGUGUCCUCUCAAAACCAAAUACAAUUGGUAUUUGAAGAAACAUUACAUGAGCUCUCAUGCUCGUUCUACUAGACUCGACUACUGAGAUGAAAUACUAAUGCAAUAGUUGCAACUACUCGACGCAUAUUAGGUACAGUGUUCAACGAUAUCAGAACUCGUGUCAUUGAAAGUUUAUAGUUUUUUUAUGUCUUGAGUGUAGUAAAAUUUGAUGAAUGUUUCUACCUGUCAUUUGUUGCCGGAUAAUUAUAUAUUUUUUAAUUUGUGUUUAACUAUUGUUAAAUAAUCUGUAAUAGACUUUAGCGAGGACGUUUAAAUAAGUGUUGUAGUUUUACUUCGUUUCUUUUAAUGUUCGCUGUCACUUAUCAAUUGAAAGUGAAUUAUGAAAGUGAAGUAUGAAUUUAUAAUUCUCUAUUUUAAACAACGUGAAAAUCCAUUUGCCAAGUAAUAUGGAGUUAAAGCAUGAUUAAACCAUGAAUCUCAAUGUUUUAAAAGAUUUAUUAUUUUUUUUAUAACGAAUACAUAAUUCAAAGAAAUUACGAUGCAUUCUUUAUU